CCGGGUCGCGCCGGGUCGCGGUCGCAGGGCGUCCGUUGGGCCCCUCAGCGAUCGAGAGUUUUGCCAGAGGGCUCCACUCGCUUGGGUGGGCGCACUCCGCCCGACGCCUGCAUUCAUGAAAAGUUCAUGAAAACCGCUCUCAUGUGCCGCCUCACGAUGUUCCUCGCCCUGGGCGCCGCUUGCGACGCGGCGCCGAUGCCCGUGAGCUACUUCUUCGUGAACCGGAGCGACUACGUCGCAAACGUGGCCCCGCCGGCCCUCGCCGCCAUGGUCCGCGACUACGCGGACGCCGCGCGCCGCGCGCGCGUCGACGUCGACAUCACGGUCUACGGCUACGCCUCCGCGCGGGCGCUCGUCGCGUCCGUCGACGCGUCGCUGCUCUUCUUCUGGGACCGCGUCAAUUUGACGUACGCGACAGCGUCGGCGCGUAGGUACGCGACGAUCCUCUCGAAUGUGUUCCGCUACGCGGUGCUCCUCGCGCGCGGCGGCGUCUACCACGACGCGAAGAUGCGGCCCGGCGCCGACGCGCUGCGGAGUCUGGUCGCGUACCUCGAGCGCUACGACGUCGUCCUCGAGGAGAACCCGCGCCGCGAGCCCGGCAGCCGCAACCGCAAGUUCCGCAACACGAACAUGGCCGCGGCGCGGCCGGGGCUCGCCUACUUCAACGCGACGCUCGCGUCCAUGGCGGCCAAGCUCGCCGCGGCCUACGCGCGGCGGCCGACGGCGGACGAGUCGCGCAAGGUCGUCUUCCACCUCGACUCGCACACGGCCUUCGAGCGCGUCCGACGCGACGGGAAGCACAAGAUGCUCAUGGCCUACGCCUGCGGCGACGAGGUGCCCAAGCCGAACUGCACGGACGCGGCCGACGUGUCCGGCGUCGUCGACGGCGAGUCCUGGGUCGGGCGCAAGUGGCGCCUCGAGACCGCGGGCGACAUCGCCGCGGCGUACAACGCGAAAGGGCACUGGUCCACGGCCCACGAGAGGAUCUUCCUCGACGAUGCCCGGCCCCCGCCUUAAACACUUGACCCCGAG